UAAUAUAAGAAAAAGAUACCAGAUCUAUGAGAGGAACGAAUGUAUUGAAUUACUGACACCCCUCUAACUCCCCCCUCAUAAUAACUAAUCCCGCGUCGAAUAUCUGAAAUAUGGCGGAGCAAGAGAAAGAAGAGCCCAAUCGACUCUUUAAUCUCUGUACAUUUGUAUUUGUCCCUAGUAAGGACUUAGGCGAAGAAUUGAUCAAUGAGCUAUCUGGUAGUAUCGAUAAGUUCGGCGGCUCAGUCCUAGCAGCGAAACGCGAUGGAUCUUUGCCACUUUCGCAAGUGACCCACGUGAUCGCCAAUUCUAUCGAUUUCCCGCAAUACACCGAAGCGACGGCUAUGAUGAUCCCCGUUGUGAAAUCUAAGUGGAUCACGGCGUCAUUAGCGAAGGGGAGGCAAGCUCAGAUACGCCCGUUCACCCCCGAUCCUCGGAUGAUCUUCUCCGAUGUGGUAUUAUCCUGCGCCGAUAUCCCACCUACCGACAAGGAGGCUAUCGUUGGUGCCACGAUGGCUAUGGGUGGAAUGGACUCGGAGAGUGUCACCAAGCUAACCACUCAUAUUUGCGCCCUCUCUAUGGACCAUCCUAAAUGCCAGUUGGCCACGGAAAAGAAGCUUAAAUGCAAAAUUGUUCUUCCUCAUUGGUUUGACGACUGUUUCAAGCUGGGAAAACGAAUUGACGAAAGCCCCUAUCUUUUACCUGACCCCGAGUACCUCCGCGCCAAUCCCGAGGAUGCGAUCGAGGUACCCCCAAGCCAACAUCUCGCCACUUCUGCUCGACCGGAUUAUUUAUCCAGUCCUUCCGACGACGAUGUGAAAAAUCGACGUAUCCUUACUGUAUUCAAUGGGAAGAAAGUCAUGCUGUCAUCAGACUUGUCGAUUAGAGACCGACUCAGGAACAUCGUUUUAGGGCUCAUCAAUGACGGUGGGGGUGAGAUGACUGAUAGCGUCGACGAUUGUGACUGGUUCAUCUGCCAAUAUCGUGAUGGGCCACAAUACAUAUGUGCUGCGCAGAGUGGGAAGACCGUAGGAAACCUGUCAUGGUUAUACCACCUAAUUACCCACAAUGAGUGGACAUCCCCUCUACGCCGUCUUCUCCACUACCCUAUUCCACGCCGCGGCAUUCCCGGUUUCGAGGGCAAGAGGAUUACGGUGUCAAACUACGGAGGGGAGGCGCGCAUAUACCUGGAGAAUCUGAUCAAUGCUACUGGAGCGCUAUAUACGAAAACUAUGAAGGCCGAAAAUACCCAUCUUAUUACUGCGCGAGACAACAGCGAGAAAUGCGAGGCUGCGCGAGACUGGAACAUUCACAUGGUCAACCACCUUUGGAUCGAGGAGAGCUACGCAAAGUGUGAGAUGCAAAGCGUAACGGUAUCCAAAUAUACGCAUUUCCCGGCCCGUACAAAUCUUGGCGAGGUUAUCGGUCAGACAUUCCUCGACGAGAAGAAACUGCGAGACUUGUACUAUCCCGGCGAGCCGGAGGACCUUACACCGGCAUCUAGGCGGAGACGCAAGAUUUUGGAGAUCGCCGAUGAGAACUCGUUUUCCGAUGGCGCGGCUGAAGGUGUUGUGAUUGGGCGCCAGGCCCACAAAGAAUUCGACGUGAUGAAGGAUACCGAUGCUGAGUACGCGCAGAAAACCGCCGAAGUAUUUGGGGUGCCUGCGCCGCGGAAGCGCCGCGACUCGUCCGAGCUGAAGACGCCGGCUAAGGCCCGCCACGUCCGUGCCGGUAAAGAAAACGAGACACCCUCCACGGCUUCUUCGAGCCGUAGCGCCAAGGACAAGGCAUUAAAUAGGCUAUCGGUCCUCGCGCCCGAUAUUGCUCUGUACGAAAAGGAGAAGAAACGAGGACUUAAGGAUGGUCACGGACUCUGGGGCGGCAAGCGAGCAGCAGACUUCAUUGAUCGGGAGAAUCUGAACCGACACAGCCUCUCGAGCCCAAGUACGGGAAGCGAAGACAAACAGAGCAAGACCGAGAAGCGGCCGGCGAAAAAAGCGAGGCCGUCACUUCCCGAAAUUAAUAUGAGGGUAGUCCUCACUGGGUUUCAGCGGUGGGUUAAUGAGAAAUAUAAAGAGGACGCAGACCGAAAAAAGUUACGCGAGCUCGGCAUCGCCGUUGUAACAGACGGCCAACAAUGUGACUAUCUCGUAGCUCCGCAUCUAGUGCGGACAGUCAAGUUCCUUCGCAACCUAUCCAAGGGUGCGACCAUCGUAUCUUCGAGCUGGAUCGAAGAGUGUCUAGAUACGAAGGAGCUAUUAGACCCACAGGAUUUCAUCCUCGAGGACAAGGAGAACGAGAAGAAGUUUGGGAUCAAGCUGGAGACCUCGGUGCAAAGGGCGCGAGUGAAUAAGGGCCGGCUCCUGUGGGGGGUCCCGAUAUACUGCACGGCCAACAUCAAGAACGGCCCGCAGGGCUACCAGGCCAUCGCCGAGGCCAACGGCGCCGUGUUCAUGACGUACGGCCCGCGCAGCGGGACGACGAUCCGGCCGACGGCGCCGGAGGAGGACGAGGGCGGGCCCGAGCCCGUGUACCUACUUAGCAACACAAGCCCCGAGGAGAAGAAGCUGUGGAAGAAGUUCGAGGACAUGGCGCGCAAAGGCAACAUGGAGCCGCGCAUCGUGGCGGCCGAUUGGCUGCUCGACGUCGUCAUGCACCAGGAGGUCAGCUUCGACGAGAAGUACCUAGCGACGAACUUCUUCGCCUGAAGAAAAGAAAGGAGAGGAAAAAGGGGUUAGGGGGGAAGGCGUUGCGUUGGUUGUGAUUGUAAUUC